AUGGCGAAUGACGGCGAAGCCGCGAGACAGACCCGCGACAUGGAGAACCUAAUACAAAGGCUCAAACGCUGGUCGCCUUUCGCCCGAUCACCAGCGCGCACAACAACCAGCGGCACGCAAACAUCACCCGCCGGGACGGGCAUGAAGAAAGCACCGGCAGACACAGCAGCCGCCAGCACACAGACAAGACUCAUCUGCGUCCGCGAAGCCGGCACGCAGACGAGCACGCGCGCGAAGGAGCGACAACAAGCGCACACGCACCGAGACACCGUGCGCUACACAGAGAUAGGCACAAUCUCGUUGCCAGAAUUCGCCGAUUUUAAAUUGCCGGAGCCGACAGAGGAAAAGAAAAAAGAAAUGCAACGGGACAAACAGCUCACAAAAAAGAACAAAGCCGAGGAGGAACGCCGAGAGGCAACCGAGCAGGCGCGCCAACAAGAAGUGGCUGAUAAAGAAGAGAGGCAACGCAGGGAAAAAGCUCGUGCCAGAGCAGUGCCAGCCGAGAGCCAACUCGCGUGGCGAGCAUAUUUCUUCCGCGCAAAUCACUCGAUUGAAGUAGCGCGGAAGAAGCUCAAACAAAAGCAGCUGUGCCAGGACGCAGUGAAAAUGGCAGUGCCAGAGAGAUUGCGGCCGGAAGUGUCGCGCCGCCUACGACAAUACAUAGCCACACAUGAGGAGAUAGAGGAGCAGAUCGACGCAAGAACGAUCACCGAAACCAUCGAGCUCCUGCAACACCAAGCCGAGGUAAUAGCGAAGCAAAUGGCAGAAGAGACCAAACACAGCACAACACAGCAACACAGCGCAGCUCAGCAGCACAGCGCAGUACAGCAGCACAACAGCACAGCGCAGCACAACAGCACAGCGCAGCACAACAGCACAGCGCAGUACAACAGCACAGCACAGCACAACAGCACAGCGGAGCACAGCAGCACAGUGCAGCACAACAGCACAUCAGCACAACACAAUGUAGCAACUGUACAGCACAGCGACAUUGCAGCACAGCGAAACAACAUAACAACAUCAGCACAGCAAUACCCGCAACAACGAACCGUGAGCGAGGUAUUACCACGUCCACGACCGACACCAAGCACAGUGGCCGAGAAAAGAUCACCCGACCAGACAAACGAGCACCGCAGUGGAAAUCCGAGAAGGAUGUUUUACAAAAACAAGUACGACGUCCCUGGGAUGGAGAAUCUGCGGGACUUACUAACUAAGAAGUUGGUAAGCAAACAAUGGCACCCGCAGAAUGAAGAUCAACGGGAGUUGCUAAGUAGAGCACACCGUAAAGAAUACGAAAGAAGGAUGCUACGCGCACUGAAAAAUAAAUAA